CCGCGCUCGGGCCGCAGCCCGCGGCCACCCCCCGGCGGCACCGGCACCAUGAGGAACGGCGAUGACCUGGAGGGCUUCGACGGCGAGGCGUCCAGCGCCUCCAUGAUCUCGGCGGCCAGCAGCCCCUACCAGCCCACCACGGAGCCCGUCAGCCAGCGCCGCGGGCUGGGCGGCCUGCGCUGCGACCUGGACUACCUGCGGGGCACCUUGGGCAGGCUGAAGCUGGCCGAGGUGCUUUUGGCGCUGACUGCGUUCAUCUGCAUCGAGACCAUCAUGGAAUGCUCCCCUUGCGAGGGCCUUUAUUUCUUUGAGUUUGUGAGCUGCAGUGCCCUGGUGGUUACCGGAGCUCUCCUGCUCUUGUUCAGUCUGAACCUUCACACAAGAAUACCCCAGAUCAACUGGAAUCUUACUGAUCUGGUCAACACUGGACUCAGCACUUUCUUCUUUUUCAUUGCCUCUGUAGUACUGGCUGCUUUAAACCAUAAAACUGGAGCAGAAAUUGCUGCUGUGGUGUUUGGUUUCUUGGCCAUGGCAGUGUAUGCUGUGAACACGUUUGUAGCAGUUAAGAAGUGGCAGAUGAGCAGCAGGCAGCAGAGCAGCCGGCAGAGCAGCGACUACAUCCGUGCUCGGACAGAGUCCAGGGAGGUGGUGCACCGGCCCGAGAUCCAGCGCCUGGACGCGUGACAGCACCCUCAGAUGGGACUCAAAGGGAAAACAGCACUCAGCUCACUCAUGGAAUAAGGGUUUUGGCUUUAUUUAAGGAGGAAAAGGUGGAUCUGAAGGUGGGGAGGAUGCCCAGCCCCGCACACAUGCAGAGAUGCGUUGAGCCAGAAGCUGCUGUCAUGGAGGGAGGAAGUGUUGGCUGUUCAAAAGGAAGAUCCCC